GCGACGCGAGGAGGAGGCCGUCGUCAGCGUGAGGUAACGACCCGCAGGCCUCCAUCUUGCAUCCCUUUUCAUCCCCUCCGUGUGUCACCUUGGCAUUUUUCAGAAGCACUCAGUGAGGCUGUUGUACCGCCAUGUUGGCGGCCAGGUUGGCGUGCCUUCGGGCCCUUCCGUCCAGGGCUCUCCACCCAGUGCUCCCCCAAGCUUCCCCUGCCCUGAGAAGUUCCGUUCUAAAGACAGAUCAACGGCUCUUGCAAUUCAACCAGGGCUAUGCCACCAAAUCAAGAUUCGGAAUGCGGCGUGGAAGAACUGGCCAGGAAAUUAAAGAAGCAGCAUUUGAACCAUCGAUGGAGAAAGUGUUUAAAAUUGAUCAGAUGGGAAGGUGGAUUGUUGCCGGAGGAGCUGCUGUCGGUCUCGGGGCCCUUGGCUACUACGGAUUGGGAAUGUCAAACGAGAUCGGAGCCAUUGAAAAAGCUGUGAUCUGGCCACAGUAUGUGAAGGAUCGGAUUCAUUCCACCUACAUGUAUUUUGCAGGAAGUGUGGGUUUGACAGCAUUAUCUGCCGUAGCAGUCAGCAGGUCACCUGCUCUCAUGAACCUUAUGAUGAGAGGCUCCUGGAUGGCAAUAGGAGCAACUUUUGCAGCCAUGAUUGGAGCCGGGAUGUUGGUUAGGUCAAUAUCGUAUGAGCAGAGCCCAGGCCCUAAGCAUCUUGCUUGGAUGCUUCAUUCAGGUGUCAUGGGUGCGGUUGUGGCUCCUCUGACCCUUCUGGGCGGCCCUCUGCUCAUCAGAGCAGCCUGGUACACUGCAGGGAUCGUGGGAGGCCUCUCUACAGUGGCCAUGUGCGCACCGAGCGAAAAGUUUCUGAACAUGGGAGCUCCUUUGGGAGUGGGCUUGGGCCUCGUUCUGGCCUCUUCUGUUGGCUCCAUGUUUCUACCACCUACAUCUGUGGUUGGCGCUGGCCUUUAUUCUGUUGCAAUUUAUGGUGGAUUGGUACUUUUUAGCAUGUUCCUUCUUUACGACACCCAGAAAGUCAUCAAACGUGCAGAAAUGCAGCCAAUGUAUGGCGUUGAAAGAUACGACCCCAUCAAUGCAAUGAUGGGCAUCUAUAUGGAUACACUGAACAUCUUCAUGCGAGUCGCCACCAUGCUAGCAACCGGAAGCAACAGGAAGAAGUAAACUGAUUCAACCAACUCAUCCCAUACUUUGGCUUGUCAUAGUGUCUUCCUACUAAAUUAUUUGCCUUACCAGCAGCUUGAAUUCAAGUCAGAAGUCUCAAGAUCCCAGAGAGACUUAAGAUAUUCUAGAGCAAUGUUUGCUUCAAGUUCCAUCUUUUGCCUCCUGACAAUAAAUUCACUAGUUGCAACUAAGUUCACGCUUCCAACUUUGGUGUUUCUAAGUAACUGUAAGUCGUCUUAAUCGAGAAGCGACUGGAGCCUUAGUAUUUGAAGUCCCCAUUUGUUAAUGUAGAUUGGUUAGCUGAUAUGUCCCACUUCUGCCUCUAACAACUUAACAAGACUCUGAGGCUGCAUUCCAGAGUGAUCACAUACAGACCAUAGAGCAAUUUCAGCAGGGGUUUGUGUAAUGUAUAGUGUCGCUGGGUUGUGCUGCUGUUCUAGUUGCUGAGCUGGUGAUGGGCCAAAUGAGAAUGUUUGAUAUACAUCUUCAUGGAAGUGUCCUUCUCACAUUUGGCCUCCUAUUAUUUUAACUGGACCCCAUAUGUCAUAGAAGAGAUGGCGAAACAGCUCUACCCUUCCUCGAUUCCCAUCUUAAUGUUUGAGUUCGUUAGGAUGGAUUCAGUUCCAGCGUGUCUCCACAAAAAUCCUCUGUCUCAAGAUGAACGCACAUCUUCGAAAGCAUCAAGUAAGUUUCAGGUUCCCGAAACAGAAACAGCAUGUUGAGAUUGGGAUUUGAGGUUUGUGCAUGGGUGAGCACUGCCUGUUCCUUCCAUUUCCUAUCGCCUAACUGAAGGUCUUCUCUGGUGUGAAAGUUGCUGGAAAAAGGAACCAGUUUGCUUCUUGGCCCAAUAGAAUAUGGUCACAAUUCUUGUAUCCCUCUUGCAUCAAAUUCUGAAAAUCCUUGCCGAACUACAACUAUCUCUCAACUAUUUUUAAGAGCGGUAUGUGCAAAUGUUAAAAUUAAGGGGUGUCCCUGGAUCUUUUUCCAGUCAUAUUUGAAAAUUGCCUUGUAAGUAAAGCUUGUAAAGUUAUGGCACGUAAUGAGAUAUUUUGGAAGCUGUGAAUAAAUGAAUUGUCUGUGUAAUUAUUGUAAUCUACUGUUUUCAGGAUAUGUGGUGGUCACCAGCGAUCUAGAACUAGAUAUUCUAUCUGAGAAAUGGGGUGUGCUUCUUUGUUAAAUAAUAAAAAUCUAGCUGCAUAGUGCAUCUAACG